AUGUACAGAGACGACAAGUGUCGUCGUUAUAGACGCCCUACAGAGAUGACAUAUCCCACCAUCGGCUCAACAACUACAAUUUGUUUCAACAUCGACGAUUCUGACUAUCGCCUUCCUUUUCACAUCCGUUUACCAAUUCUAUCGAAUACAAGCCCUAAUCCGGCUACCAGGUUAACGAUGAUGACGACGAACAAACUCAAAUUCAAUACAGAUUUGUUUUCAAUAUUGCUCUGUUAUCUGACACCAUACCAAAAAUCCAGGGAGGUAGGGCUAGGGUGUUCAUGUACCAAAAGAAUUUUGGAACAAAUUGUUGCUUUUUCACAUGAAGUAACCUCCAUCAAGGCCAAGUGGGAGGAUUACAACCUCAUUGAGGGUCGACAUGCACCAGUUUAUGAUAUUAGUACAGCUAAUGAGACAUGGGAGUGGGUUUAUCUUGCAGAGAUACAGGUGUAUAUACAAUGGGAAGGGGAGGAUCCUGGGAUUCCUCAUAAAGGGGCACACUCAUACUCUAAUAAAAGAGGUUGAGAGGGUAUUUGGGUCUACUUUUGAAGCAUGUGGACAACAAAAAUUAUAAAAGAGCAUGUAUGUACUUAACAAGUUCAGCAAGGUGUGGAUGUGGUUAUGCAAUUAAGUUUUCUUGAACACACCACACCCUUUGGAUACUUUGAGAGACUAGUGUGCGUAUCAAAUUGUAUGAACUCUUAAACAAUUCAAAAUUAUUUUGUAUGUUUUGGUAAGCAAUUGUAUAAGAUAUUCAAAUGUUUUGAUAUUAUUGUAUGAUAUUUUAGAGUUUUUAGUUAAA